AUGUCCCUUUUUCAUGGCAUCGCCCUUACCGUAUUCUCCAUUUUGGCUGUACUCCUUACGAUCUUUGAUGUUUGCCUAUUUGUGAUGGCUAUCAAGCAUCGGAAGGAUCCGCACUUCCCAUUUGCUUAUCUCACUGUUAUGAGUGCAUGUGGAGUCAUUUGUAAAGCUGCGUUUACUAUCAAUUGUGGCACUUAUCUCUUGCUUUCCAAGAUUGAUUAUCUGGAAUACCGCCAAUUCAUGGGCAAGGAGAUAACCCUACUCGGAACCUUGAACUAUUUCAUCCCACUGUGUAUUAGCGUUGUGAUGACUAUGAAUCGUAUCUGGAUCGUGUUGAGACCCACAGAUCAAGCGGUUUUCAGUCAGCGGCGAAUAUUUUGCUACUCGGGUUUGAUUCUGAUCCUUUGCCUUAUACUCCUCCUCAUUCCCUAUUUCUCCACAUGCUCCGUGAACUAUCUAGCCAGUGAGCUCAUCUUUCAAACUGUCUGCUGGCCAGAACGCCACCCUGUCACCCGAUUCACCAACACCCACCUUAUAUGGAUCCCAACCACUCUGCUUAUUAUCAAUGUAGCGCUUAUUCUACACUUGAAGGCUGCGCGACACCAUGUGUAUUCCAAGGUCUUCCAGAAGAUGUCGACAACGUCGACGCCUUCAGCGCAGUUGAUUCAGAGUCAGAAGAAGCGAGAGCAGAUUUUGAUGAGGCAAGCGUUGGCGCUCUCAAUCUAUCUAUCGUUCUAUGAGGUCGGCUCUUUUCUAAUGAGGACUUUUCCGACAACCUAUUCAUCCCUUCCGCAAUCCGUUCAAGACGGUUAUUUCUAUUUCCGAUUGGAGAGCAUCUGUGCUAUGAACUUUUUUGUGUAUUUUGUGGAGAAUCGGACAAUCAGAAAGUUGAUUCUAGCAGCGAUAGGAUGUCCAGGGAAGCCUAAACCCACUGGACACACUGGAAGCCUAGAGAACCAUCAUCAGAAUUCUGUAGUGGCCCCAAAGGUCUCGACAAUUUCAAUGAGGAUUUAA